AUGCCAUAUAACCCUCGGAAAGCAGUGUACAAAUUCAGCCAAUGGGGCCCUCCACCCAUGGUUCUAUGGGAUUAUCAUUUGCAUUUCUGCCAGAGGGACGCUGAGCAGAAAAUCGUCUACCGUAUAGAGCAAAUGGAUAGAGACGUCGUCGCCUUGAUCGAUCUUGGCGAGCAGGGUGCACUGUUGACCUUGUCAGGACAACUGCGGAGUACUGACCACCUCAUCAGUCUCGAGGUUUCCGCAACAGAUCAGGGUGGUCUCCAAGGACGAUGUCGUGUGAAUAUCAUUGUGGAAGAUGUGAACUCUCCGCCAUACUUUACCGAUCAGCUAUUUGCUGUACGAAUACCAGAAGAUUCCCCUAUAGGCUUUCAUGUCAUCACCAUCAAGGCGGAGGACUCAGAUCGAGGGACUAACGCCCAUCUAACUUACUUCCAUCGAUUCACGUGA